AUGGAAACAGACUCGGCAAUGGCAACGCGGCGCCAGCGCCCGGGGGUUGCCUGUGACGAGUGCCGACGUCGCAAGCUACGCUGCGACGGGCAACAACCACAGUGCGGAGUCUGCGAAGAGACAGGAGUUGCAUGUCAAGUGACCAACCGCGGUGCUCGCGGGCCCAAAAAGGGUCAUCUCAAGGCCCUGAAGAAUCGCAUAGUGCAGCUAGAGGCGAUGCUGCAGAGCCGUUCGCCGGCCCAGCAGCAACAGCCGGACUUCCGCGGCAGCACCCCCAGCGGCCAUGAGCUGACACCCUGCGCAUCGCCUGUAACCGCUUUAGAGAGUACUGCAAACGAGGAUCCCGAGGAAUGGCUCCCAACAGCGACAGCAACUUCCGCAUCAGAGUAUGAUACCUCCUUACCACAUGCCUCGGCUCCUGGAUUGGCGUUUCUCCCUCAUGAAUGGACUCCUCCGCUCACAUUGCCAAUCUCCAACACGAGUAUUUCCCCCAAUGCCCUGGAGACUGAAUUGGACCAGCUAUACUUAGACCGUGUGCACCAGUCAAUACCUAUUAUCCACCAGCGAAGGUACAUGUCAUGGUCCAAAUCUACAACCAAGACCGCCUCACAAAGAUGUUUACAAUAUGCGAUGUGGACGCUAGCAUCGUUGCUGUCCGUCCAAUCUCGGGAUAUGAUAGAACCUCUAUACCAGGAGACCAAGCAGAUGUUAGAGUAUUUGAGCGUCCCGGCCAUGGAGCAACAUGGCAGCACUACUGAGCUUUCCCAGGCAUGGGUACUCCUAGUAUCAUUUGAGUCAAUGCGAGCCUAUCACCGACAGGCAUGGAUGAGUGCUGGCCGGGCUUUUCGCCUAGUUCAGGCAAUGCGCUAUCAUGAAAUUGAUAGUCCUGUCGAUAAAGGUGGGGCGUCUUCUCCGCAGUCUGGCGAUCUAAUCGAGAUUGAGGAGAGACGCCGGGUAUUUUGGAUGGCAUAUUUCUUGGAUCAUGUCAUCAGCAUGCGUGAUGACUGGCCCAUCACCUUAAAUGAGCAUGUGGUAAGAACUGCGUUUGUCGUGGAAUUGUUGGAAUUUGCGAACUGA